UCUGUCAUCUGUGAUGAAAAUUGUCAUGUCAUGAAAUCUGAAUUCAUAUUGUAUUUUCAAAAAUAACCAAGUUUAGAUUGUUGUUUAAAUUCGUUUUUCGAACCAUUUUACUUUGAAAAUGGAGCUUUCAGCGGAAGGUAAAACACCUGAGUAUAUGGCUCUAGCGGGAAUAAAGUUCAAGUUGUCACUUCCGCAGUUAAAAGACAAUCCGCAACUCAAAGAACAGUUACUCCAAGGAAUUAAAGCUGGUAGUAUGGCUCCAUACUACAAAGAAGUUUGUACCGAUCUUGGUUGGAAUUUUGACCAGAAACUUUAUGAUAAAAUGGCAACAGAAAACCAAGAUCGACUUUCCAAGUUCCAAGAGGAUGACUCUGAAACACCUGUCUGGCAGGAUCGGCUGGACUACUUGUGCUCUAUUGGUGAUAAAGAGGCUGCUACAGCUCUGGCUACAACCAAGUAUGAAGAUUCAACUUUAACUACUAAUAGAAGGUUGGAUGCAGUGUUUGCCUUGUUUAGGAUUGCAUAUUUCCAUGGUUGCAAUGUAAAAGAUAUGGGGAAAACAAUUAGUAAGGCCCAUGAAUUAGUUGACAAAGGUGGAGAUUGGAGAUCCAGGAAUAAACUUAAGGCAUAUGAAGCAAUAUAUUGCUUAGCAGUGAGAGAUUACAACCAUGCUGCAGAACUUUUUAUUGAUUGUGUUUCAACUUUUGAAUCCUAUGAACUUGUGGAUUUUGGUACAAUAAUCCAGUAUUGUGUAUUAGCGUGUGCACUAGCCUUGGAGCGUCAUGCAUUACAAGCAGCGCUUCGGAGACAGGGGGCGGCGGUGCAGGCCUUGCGCUCUCGCUUCCCAGAACUACGUGAGCUGGUCGAGUCACUCCACGAGUGUAGAUAUGCUGACUUUAUGAAGAGUCUUGCUUGGGUGGAAACUCAGAUAUGUGUAGAUCCAGUAUUCCGACCUCACUACCAACAUUAUGUUCGUGAGGCACGUAUCAAAGCAUAUGUGCAAUUGCUCCGUGCAUAUCGGUCGCUCAGUCUUGACAACAUUGCAGACACAUUCGGAGUAACGCGUGAAUUCAUUGAAGACGAAAUUUCGACAUUUACGGCAGCUGGAAGACUUCAGUGCCGGAUCGACGCAGUGGCGGGCUGUGUGGUGACCGGUUCAGGACGCGGCGCCGACGCCGACCGUACGCAGUUAUACCAGGCAACCAUUCGUGAGGGGGACUUGCUCCUCAACCGUGUUAAAAAGCUCGCCAGCGUUAUUAAUUUCUGAGCUUUCAUGAAAUCCUGGUAUUUAAUAUAAGUUUUAUUGCUAAUUUUAACUUUGAUUACACUUGAAUGACCUGUUUCUUUAGAUGUUGUAACUCUGGCUAAGCGUCAAUCAAGCAUAAUUUGUUUUCUCUAAUAAAUUUUACUCCAAAUUAAGUCUGUUUAUGAUUGAGAACUGCGGGCACUCAGCCUUGAGAGAAUAUUUUUUUUAAUACAGGUCUGUCUGGGUGUAUUUAAGAAAAUUACACUUGUCUUAAACUAUUAAGUUAAUCAUUGUAUCGAAAAUAAAGUUGAGUUCGCGCCAUAAAA